AUGCUCUUUUUGAGUGGAUUUUUUGAUGCAGGAAUAAAUUUGAUUCGGAGCGCAUACUUUGCCGUGAGAUGGUCAUCCCUUUAUGGCUAUGUGCUUGCACCUUACCCGAAUAUUUACUUACAAGAUUUUAGCAUCAGGCCAGUAGACGUUUGCGAAACUGUCGAAGCGGCUGAAAAGUUUGUUGAUGUUUCUUCCCGUGGAAGUGUGAGAGAGAAGACAGAAGGGGACAAGCGCUUGGGUUCAUCCUCCAGUCUUGGGCCUGAUCCGAUGACCUUGGAGUGCAUAAAAGUUCUCCAAGAGCAGCGCUUAGCACCGGAAUCAGAGGUGAACCCAGUUGGUUCUGCUGUGAAGGAGAAUCGGGAUCCAGAAACAAUUAAAGUUGGGGCUUCCUUUGGGGAUUUUCUCUUAUCCCGGCAGUUUGAUUACGACUCAAGCAGCACAGAGCAAAAACCUGGCGAAAUAUCCAUAGGGGGACUCAUCGAUGAGAAAAGGUAG